AUGUCGGGUUAUGCCAAGUUCAUGAAAGAGUUAGUCACAAUGAAAAGAAGCUUGGACUUCGGAAGAAUUGAAGGCUCUCAUAGUUGUAGUGAGAUUAAGACUAAUGAGAUGAUUAAAAAGAAAAAAGAUCCCGAAGCCUUCACUAUUCCUUGCACUAUCGGUAUGCUCCAAUUUACCAAAGCUCUAUGUGAUUUAAGGGCAAGUAUAAAUCUAAUGUCGUACGCAAUCUAUAAGAAACUUGGGUUGGGUGAACCAAAAUCCACAACAAUGAGGAUUCUAAUUGUAGACCGAUCGAUCAAGCACCCCAUGAGUAUACUCCCUGAUAUCUUGGUAAAGGUGAAAUGUUUUAUCUUUCCAACUGAUUUUGUCAUCCUUGAUUGCGAGAUUGAUGCUGAAAUUCCCAUAAUUUUAGGAAGACCAUUUUUAGCAACCAGGAGAGCGUUAGUAGAUGUUGAAAGCGGAGAAUUGAAAUUUCGGGUGAACAAAUAUGAAGUCACUUUUAAUGUGUGUAAGUCAAUGAAACACCCAAGCGAUAUUCACGUGGUUUCGACUAUUGAUAAAACUGAUGAAGCAGUGGCUAGUGUGAGCCAUUUGAUGUGUAUGAGUGAGCCACUUGAGGUUAUGAUUGCAAACUAUGAUCAGUUCGAAAUCCAAGGUUACGAUGAGGUUGUAGCUACUCUUUCGAGUUUGAGGGAAUGUGCAAGGAAUCCAUUAAAGCUAGAUAUUGAUCUAAAAAAUUGCGAAAAUCCUCCCACCAAGCCAUCAACGGAGGAACCAUCAAAGCUUGAGUUGAAAGUUCUCCCCGCUCAUCUUCGAUAUGCAUUCUUGCGGGCAAAUAAUACCUUACCCAUAUUCAUUGCAACUGACUUGCUUGAAUGGUAA